GGCGAGGGUGCAGCCCCGGAGCGGCGGCGGGGCAAAAUGAAGAACGAAAUUGCUGCUGUUGUCUUCUUUUUCACAAGGCUGGUUCGAAAGCAUGAUAAGUUGAAAAAAGAAGCAGUUGAGAGGUUUGCUGAGAAAUUGACUCAAAUACUUCAAGAGAAAUACAAAAAUCACUGGUAUCCAGAAAAACCCUCAAAAGGACAAGCCUACAGAUGCAUUCGUGUCAAUAAGUUUCAGAGAGUUGAUCCCGACGUCCUGAAAGCCUGUGAGAACAGCUGCAUCCUGUACAGUGACCUGGGCUUGCCAAAGGAGCUUACACUCUGGGUGGAUCCGUGUGAGGUGUGCUGCCGGUAUGGAGAGAAAAACAAUGCAUUCAUUGUUGCCAGCUUUGAAAAUGAGGAUGAGAACAAGGAUGAGAUCUCCAAGAAAGUUAGCAGGGCUCUUGAUAAGGUGACCUCUGAUUAUCAUUCAGGGUCCUCCUCCUCAGAUGAAGACACAAGCAAGGAAGUAGAAGUGAAACCGAGUGCAGUGGCUACAACGCCAAGCCCCGUGUACCAGAUUUCAGAACUGAUAUUCCCACCUCUUCCAAUGUGGCACCCUUUGCCCAGAAAAAAGCCAGGAAUGUACCGAGGGGGUGGCCAUCAGAGUCACUACCCUCCUCCUGUUCCAUUUGCUUAUCCAAGUCCAGGAAGGAAGAAUAAAGCGUUCCGCCCAAUUCCAGUGACAUGGGUACCUCCUCCUGGAAUGCAUUGUGACCGGAAUCACUGGAUUAAUCCUCACAUGUUAGCACCUCACUAGCUCAUUUGAUUGUGCUGAUGUUAUGUUGAUAGAAAGGAAGAAAUACCUUCCUAGAUACUAAGAGUUCAUACUUGUAGUGAAGUCAGAUGGACAAAACCAUCAGGCUUAUUUUUAUAGAAAAGCUAUUGAGAAUAAUCUUUCUUAAAGUAUAUAUAUAUAUGCACUUUAGAUAUAUUGAUAUAGUUUGAGAAACUUUAUUAAAGUUAGUCAAGUGCCUGAGUUUUUAAUAUUGGACUUGAGUAUUUAUAUAUUGUGCAUUGACUCUGUUGGAUACAAAACACUGUAGGAGGGCGAUAUGUUCUAGCACCUUUGAGCAUUUACUUUAUGGAGAAUAUGUAAGUUAUUUAUACAGAAGGACAUCUAUUUUAUGUCACAUAGAAGAAUUGUGUGAAAUCAUGUAGUUGCAAAUAAAAAGUAGUUUGAGGCAUGA